AUGUCGGAUUCGGAGGGUAGCAGCGCGGAGAGCGUCCACGGCUCGGAGAAGUCGGAAACGCAGGAGGAAAUUAUGGUGCCGUUGCCGAAUCGGCAGAAUCCGAGUGGCGACAAGCUCGAGGAAUUCGAGAAGCUGCUCCAAUCGAUGAUGGAGUCCCGUUCACCCUCCCAGGAGGCAGAGGAAACCGAGGAGAACGACAGCGGGAGAAAGAUAGAAAUGGCGACACCGGACGGACCAACGGACUUCCGGCUGGAGUACAUCGGCGGGUUCGUGCAGAAAUCGUUAAAACUGAAGCCAGAGAAAUGGGGCAGGCUACUGCUCACCGAGGAGUACAGAAACGCGGUGAUGGAUUUCCUGGACAAUCCGUUGCCCGCGGCGAUUUUCGUUGUUCUGACGCCGAACGCGCAGCUGGUCGCGUCCUCCUCGUUUCCUAUACCUUGCCAGAGGGCCAAGGGUAUUUACGCGGUAAAAGUGAAGCAGACACCUCUGCCGAGGGAGAAGGAAGCUUGUUCCUCGAUGCUGAUUCUAGGCGAUCUAUCGUCUCGCGUCGUGGAUCAGUUGGCCACUCUGGUGGAUAAUGUGUUCGCUCCUCUGUUGACGAAACCGGAGAACCACAAGGAUCUACCGGAAAUCGCGGUGCAGGACAUCUGUAGACAUGUUCACUCUCUGCGCGGUACUCUGUACCAAGUGAAAGGACAGGUGAACGGCAGAACAGUUCUCCCGAUGCCAGCGGGAAUGGAGAAGGUAACGGAAGUGGAAAAGUUGGUCCGUUCCGAAGGGCCACAGGCCGUCGAUCUGUACCUGAAGAGCGCGAUCGAGGGUGUCGUGAUAAAAUGGGCGUAUCUGGUGAACGACGUCGUUGCUCAGGAAUCAGGCGCGGCCUUCGAAAACGGACAGAAUCCCACCCCCGACACGGAGCUGGAGUAUUGGUCCGCUAGAAUAGCGAAUUUAAGGUAUAUCUACGACCAAUUGCAAGAGGAUCGCGUGAAGAAAAUGGCCAGUAUCCUCGAGAAAACAGACAGCGCGUAUUAUCCCUGCUUCCGUACCCUGUUCGACAACGUGGUGUCCUCGAUGGCGGAGGCGAAGGAGAUCUCGUUGUAUCUGUCGCCUCUGGCUAGGUGCUUCAAAUCGGUCGAGGAGGUCGAUUUCUCCGAGGCUAAGCCGUUAAUGGCCAGCCUGAUACACUCGGUCGGAUUAGCCUGGUCGAAAUCCACCUACUAUCAGAGCUCCUCGAAGGUGAUCAUCAUGCUACGGCAGAUUUGCAACCUGUUGAUACAGGAGGCCCGUCGAUUUCUCGAUCCGGCAUCUAUCUUUCAGAGCGACGUAGACGAGGCGCUGCAGCGCGUUCAAAUGUCGAGAGGGGUGCUCGAGGAGUUCAAGCGUCAAUUCGAGAUGAGGAAAGACAUGCCAGCGAUGAAGCCUGACGCCCCGCCAUGGAACUUCAACACCACCGUGGUAUUUGGUCGAUUGGAUGCGUUUCUGAAGCGACUGGCAGACAUAGAAUGGCUCUUCGACACAGUCAUGGAAUUCUCGAAGCUGGAGAAAAUCGAAAUCGGCGGCAUACUCGGUCGAUCCCUAAGCACCAGGAUCAUUAAUGUCUACAAAGAAUUUCAGCAUCUAUUCGUGUCGUUCACCGUCAGGGCUGACGAUGCCUUGGAACCGGACGACGAAUCCUUCGCUAACGAUUGCAAGAAAUUUAACUUGGCAAUCACCGAUCUGGACAGCAAACUGGCUGCCAUUCUGUGCCAGGCUUUCGACGACUGUGGCAAUCUGGAGAGCGUCUUCAAGCUGAUAAAUAUCGCCGGAUCGGUGCUCGACAGGCCAGUGAUAAGCAAACAAUUCACGGACCGUUACACCAGGAUCCUGGAUCUCUUGAACGUCGAGCUGACGGUCGUCGAGGUGCUGUUCAAUCGUGGCACCAGAGGCGCGUUAAUUAAUCUUCCGCCUCUAGCUUCGGCGCUGACGUUUACCAGCAUGCUACGGCAACGGAUCGAAUUGCCGGUCCAGUCUUUCAAAGCUAUUCAACACCCGAAAAGCUCACGUGGUUCCAGGAUGGUGAACAGCGAGGAGGGGCGGAAUAUAGAGAGGCGAUACGAGAGGCUGAUAAAGAUAUUCAGCGACAAAGAAAGUGAUCUGUUCGCGGAAUGGGCGGAAACGGUUCCAGAAACCGUCCAGGUUGCCCUGAAUCGUAACAUUCUGACUCGAGAAAGGGACACUACGUUACUUCUGAACUUCGAUCCUGGUCUUCUGGCUGUUCUGAAGGAAGUGAAUUAUCUGAAGCAAAUGUCGCGAUCGGAUAUCCCCGAUGCGGCUAUAAAGGUGUACGAAAACGUGGAAACGUUCCGGAAAUUCCGCAGCCUGCUGGGAGCGACGGUGGACUCGUACAAUAAUAUCUGUAAAACCAGUACGCGGGUCGAGUUCCAGCUGAUCGAGAAGGAGAUAACGAGGAUCGAUUCCCUCGUGUCGCGUGGAGAGAACGAAUUAUGUUGGAAGUCGGACGGCGUUCUCCUGUACAUCGAGGAGCUCGGUUCGUUGGUCGAGGGCCUCUGGAGACGAAUCAAAUCCGCCCAGACGAACGUCGAGAAGAUCAAAGCGAUCCUGGAACCAUGGACAAGGAUCCCACUCAUCGAGAGGAAAGAUCGUCGUAGGGAUGCUUUAUUGUCGUUCGAUGAACGGCCGGAUAAAGUAUCGAAACGUUACGCCGAGAUCGAGAGAGCCGCUGAACAGAUUCACUCGUUGCUACGGGAGAACAGGUCGCUUUUCCAGGUUUCCGACGAAAUGGAGGAACCGUGGCGAAGAUACGUCGAGUAUAUCGACGGUAUUGUUGUGGAGUCCCUUCGGAGAGCAGUGGGAUGCUCGUUAGGCUACUUGGUGGAUAACAUGGAUUCGGUUGGACAAUGCGAAUCACUGUUGGAGGCAAAGUUGGAACUAAGGGAGCCCGAUCUCUAUUACGUUCCUUCGUUAGAACCGGACGAUCCAGACGGUUUGGACCAGUUGAUUCUACGUCUGUUGAACGAUAUAAUUGGCAUGGCUGCCCUGGUGCCGAGACUGAAAGACGAUCACUCAGGAUACGCUGAGGAAUUAGAAGAGGAUCCAGAUAUAAAGGGGAUGAAGAUUGAAAUUUUGAAUAACGUGACAACCGCUGUCGAGGACGCCACCGAGUUCUGUAGCAAUUUCGAAGGAUACGCCUAUCUCUGGUUAGACGACAGGGACGUAGUGAUGCAACAGUUCCUCGAGUAUAGCCGACAAUUGACGAUAGAGGAAAUGGAGAUGGUGGCCGUACAGGAUCCCAAGGGGCCGACACGGUCGCCGCCGAAAAUGGAGCAAUUCCGCGAGCAAAUCGACCUUUACGAGGGCCUCUAUCUCGAGAUCGAGGAAAUGGAACCGUCGAAAGUGUUUUGCGGCUGGUUCAGGGUGGACCUGAGACCCUUCAGACAGUCGGUCCUGAACAUGGUCUGCAAAUGGUCGAGCAUGUUCAAGAGACAUCUGGUCGAUCGCGUAACCAGCAGCCUCUCGGAUUUGGGAUCGUUUAUCAGGCGAGCAGACGAAGGCCUCCUGCAGCCUAUUCAACCAGGCGACUACGUCGGUCUAGUAAGCGUGAUGGGUUACCUCCUACAAGUGAAAGAGAGACAGCCGACGACGGACGAGAUGUUCCAGCCGCUGGAGGAGACGAUCGAACUGCUCAAGUUUUACGACCAGGACAUUCCCGAGGAGGUGAACGUUCUGCUCCAAGAGCUCCCGGAACAAUGGGCGAACACGAAGAAACUGGCACUUAUGGUGAAGCAGCAAGUCGCCCCGUUGCAGGCUGGCGAGGUGUCCAGAAUAAGGGGACGAAUCGCCGCGUUCGACACGACGAUAACGCACUACCGUGAGGCGUUUCGACGCUACAAUUUCUUCAAGUACGAGUGCCAGAACCCGUACGAAUUAUUGGACGAGGGCCACAAAGAGAUUCUGAUGCUGGAAACACAGAUGAAGGACAUCCAAGAGUCUGCCUCACUGUUCGAGGUGAUCGUGCCGGAGUUCAAGGUGUUGAGGCAGUGCAGAAAAGAGCUGAGAAUGCUGAAGCAGCUCUGGGACUACGUGAACAUCGUCAGAAGUAGCAUCGAGGGCUGGAAGACGACCCCGUGGCGAAAGAUCGACGUGGAGAAUAUGGACAUCGAGUGCAAGAAGUUCGCCAAAGAGAUUCGGGCCCUGGACAAGGAGAUGAGACUGUGGGACACGUACGUGUCUCUGGAGGCGACCGUGAAGAAUAUGCUGACGUCUCUGAGAGCUGUCGGAGAGCUCCAGAACCCCGCCAUUAGGGAGAGACACUGGAGACAGUUGAUGAAUAGCACUAAGGUGCGAUUCGUGAUGGACGAGUCGACGACACUGGCGGAUCUGUUGGAGCUGAAUCUCCAUGACUGCGAGGAGGAAGUGAAGAACAUCGUGGACAAGGCGGUUAAAGAGAUGUCGAUGGAACGAUACAUGAGGGAACUAAACGCCACGUGGUCGAAAAUGGAAUUCGAGAAGGAGAUCCACGCAAGAACCGGGGCUACCUUGAUCAGAGCCAGCGAGGAGCUGAUUGAAACUUUAGAAGAGAAUCAGGUGCAACUACAGAAUCUGAUCACCUCGAAGUUCAUCGCUCACUUCCUGGAGGAAGUUUCAAGCUGGCAGAAGAAGCUCAGCAUCGCAGACCAAGUGACGACGAUCUGGUUCGAGGUGCAACGGACCUGGAUGCAUCUCGAGAGUAUUUUCACCUCCUCCGAAGACAUACGAAAACAGCUGCCAGUGGACGCUGAGAGGUUUGAUCGAAUAGACAAACAGUUCAAGCUGAUGACGGAGGAGAUGGCGAAAACCCCGAACGUCGUCGAGGCUACCAACAAGGAAGGCUUGGUGACCGCUUUGGAUAUUUUGCAGAAAGAACUGGUCCUUUGCGAGAAAGCACUUGCGGAGUAUCUGGAAACUAAACGUCUGGCAUUUCCACGAUUUUAUUUCGUUUCGUCCAGCGACCUGUUGGAUAUAUUAUCGAACGGGAAUCAACCGCAAGUCGUGGCCAAGCAUCUGACGAAGCUGUUCGACUCGAUGGCAAGACUAAAGUUCGACGAUGAUGCUGACAAUGCGUCUAAACGUGUAUUAGGUAUGUUCGCGAAGGACGGAGAGUACGUAGAGUUCGCGAACUGCGAGAUGACCUGCGAGGGAGCGGUCGAAGCGUGGUUGAAUCGUCUUCAGAGGGCGAUGAGAGUGACCAUAAGACACUACUUCAGCGAGGCGGUGGUCGCGUAUGAAGAAAAACCUCGAGAACAAUGGCUGUUCGAUUAUCCAGCCCAGGUGUCACUAUGUGGAACACAAAUCUGGUGGACCACCGAUGUGAACAUCGCGUUCUCGAGAUUGGAGGAGGGCUACGACAACUCGUUGAAGGAUUACCUGAAGAAACAGAUCUCACAGCUGAGCAUUCUGAUCGCUUUGCUGAUAGGCGAGCUCACGAAACAGGAGAGGCAGAAGGUAAUGACGAUCUGCACGAUCGACGUGCACUCGAGGGACGUGGUCGCGAAGCUGGUGCAGUCCAAAGUGGAAACGUCGCAGGCGUUCCAAUGGCAGAGUCAACUACGUCACCGGUGGGACGAGAAGGAGAAGGAUUGCUUCGCUAAUAUUUGCGACGCCCAGUUCAAAUACUCGCACGAGUACCUGGGAAACACUCCCAGGUUGGUCAUAACGCCUCUAACGGACAGGUGUUACAUAACCUUAACCCAAUCCCUGCAUUUGAUCAUGGGAGGAGGCCCAGCCGGUCCCGCUGGUACCGGAAAAACCGAGACCACGAAAGAUCUGGGCAGAGCGCUGGGCAUAAUGGUUUACGUGUUCAAUUGUUCCGAGCAAAUGGACUACAAAUCCUGCGGCAACAUAUACAAGGGGUUGGCUCAGACGGGGGCAUGGGGUUGCUUCGACGAGUUCAACCGUAUCACCGUCGAGGUGCUGUCGGUGGUCGCUGUCCAAGUGAAAUCGAUACAGGACGCGAUCAGGGACAAGAAAGAACGAUUUAACUUCAUGGGGGAGAUGAUCAGUCUGGAGCCAACCGUGGGGAUAUUCAUCACCAUGAAUCCAGGUUACGCCGGUCGUACGGAGCUUCCUGAGAAUUUGAAAGCGCUCUUCAGGCCCUGCGCCAUGGUCGUGCCGGAUUUCGAGUUGAUCUGCGAGAUCAUGCUGGUGGCGGAGGGUUUCCAGGACGCGAGGAUCCUGGCUAGGAAGUUCAUCACGCUCUACACACUGUGCAAGGAGUUAUUGUCGAAGCAGGAUCAUUACGACUGGGGUCUUCGUGCGAUAAAGUCCGUCCUCGUCGUCGCCGGAAGUCUGAAGAGGGGAGACCCGGGCCGGCCGGAGGAGCAAGUGCUGAUGAGAGCCCUCAGGGACUUCAAUAUACCAAAAGUCGUGUCCGACGACCUGCCUGUCUUCAUGGGCCUAAUAGCAGAUUUGUUUCCGGCGUUGGACGUGCCCAGGAAACGGGAUGUUGAGUUCGAGAAGAUGGUGAAACAAGCGGCCGCGGAUCUACAGCUUCAGCCGGAGGAUGGGUUCAUCCUGAAAGUCGUUCAACUCGAGGAACUGCUCGAAGUAAGACACUCGGUGUUCAUCGUUGGGAUCGCGGGCUCUGGCAAGACUCAGGUCUGGAAGACACUGUUUAGGACCUAUCAGAACAUGAAACGAAAGCCCGUGUACAAUGAUCUGAACCCCAAGGCAGUGACCAACGAUGAACUUUUCGGAAUCAUCAAUCCAGCGACCAGAGAGUGGAAGGAUGGUCUGUUCUCGGUGAUCAUGAGAGAACAGGCCAAUUUAGGGGGUGAGAAUCCAAAAUGGAUUGUACUGGAUGGAGAUAUUGAUCCUAUGUGGAUCGAAUCUCUGAACACCGUGAUGGACGAUAACAAGGUUUUGACUUUGGCCAGCAACGAGAGGAUAGCUCUGACGCCUGUGAUGAGACUACUCUUCGAGAUCUCGAACCUGAGGACGGCUACACCGGCCACGGUGUCCCGAGCAGGUAUUCUGUACAUAAAUCCGCAGGAUUUGGGGUGGAAUCCUUACGUCACCAGCUGGGUGGAGAAAAGAACGUCGCCGAUUGAGAAGUCCAGUUUGGUGAUAUUAUUUGAUAAGUAUAUUCCUCCGUGUUUGGAGACACUGCGGUCGAGAUUCAAGAAGAUCACACCUAUCGCUGACAUGGCGCACGUUGAAAUGCUCUGUCAUCUUCUUCACUGUCUUUUAAAGCCGGAACUUACCGGCAGCGAGUUUUUGAAGGAACAUUACGAGCUCUAUUUCGUGUUUGCCGCUGUGUGGGCGUUCGGAUCAUCCAUGUUUCAGGAUCAGACGGUCGAUUAUCGGGUGGAGUUCAGUAAAUGGUGGACCAACGAGUUUAAGCAGAUUCGAUUUCCCCAACAGGGCACUGUCUUCGACUAUUACAUCGACGCCGAGACGAAGAGCUUCGUUCCGUGGACACAACGUUUGCCGAAGUUCGAAUUAGACCCAGAGAUGCCGUUGCAGGCGGUCCUGGUUUACACAGCCGAAUCCAUUAGGAUUCGAUACUUCUUAGAUCUUUUAAUGAUAGAGAAACAUCCGGUGAUGCUGGUAGGCACUGCUGGCUGCGGGAAGACAGUGCUCGUAGCCGAGAAACUUCUGCAACUGCCCGAGAACUAUGCAGUGUCUAAUGUUCCUUUCAAUUUUUACACAACUUCAGAAAUGCUGCAAAAGAUCUUAGAGAAGUCGUUGGAGAAGAAAGCUGGCAGAAACUAUGGACCGCCAGGUAACAAGACUCUGGUUUACUUCGUCGACGACAUGAAUAUGCCUGAAGUGGAUGGUUACGGAACGGUUCAACCUCACACUAUGAUUCGUCAACACCUGGAUUACGGUCACUGGUACGACAGAACGAAACUAACACUGAAGGAUAUCCAUAACUGUCAGUAUGUCAGCUGUAUGAACCCCACGGCUGGUUCAUUCACGAUCAAUCCGAGACUGCAAAGACAUUUCUCGGUGUUCGCUGUCAGUUUUCCAAAUACUGACUCUUUGACGACGAUCUAUGCCUCUCUUCUGUCGCAACAUUUGUCGAACGUCGAACACAGGUUUCCUUUAUGCGUUACGGAAUUAUGCAACAACAUAGUGCAAGCCUCGAUCCAGUUGCAUCACCGUUGCGCCCAAAUGUUUCUUCCAACAGCGGUGAAGUUUCACUACAUCUUCAAUCUCCGCGAUCUGUCAAACUGUUUCCAAGGAUUGUUGUUCAGCGGCAACGAAUGCUUGCAGUCCUCUAUAGAUCUGAUCAGACUUUGGAUGCACGAGACGCAUCGCGUUUAUGGGGACAAAUUAACGGACGAGAAGGACAUCGAGAGUUUCUCGAAAUUACAGUUGGACAUCUUAAAGAAGAACGUGGAAGAAGUCGACGAGGGGGCCAUUUUGGAGAAACCAAAUAUCUACUGCCACUUUGCAGGUGGCGUUGGGGAGCCAAAGUACAUGCCAGUGAAGGAAUGGGCGACGUUGCAUCGUUUGCUAUCAGAAGCAAUGGUCAGCUACAAUGACCUAGUGGCUGCCAUGAACUUGGUGUUGUUCGAGGACGCCAUGAUGCACGUCUGUCGCAUAAACAGAAUCCUGGAAUCGCCCAGAGGCAGCGCUCUUCUAGUUGGCGUGGGAGGGUCUGGCAAGCAAAGUUUAUCGCGAUUGGCUGCUUUCAUAAGCACGCUGGAGGUUUUCCAAAUUCAACUAAAGAAGGGUUAUGGGAUCACUGAUCUCAAAUUGGAGCUCGCUGUUUUGUACAACAAGGCAGGCCUGAAGAACGUGGGCCUUGUUUUUUUGAUGACAGACGCUCAGGUGGCUAACGAGCAGUUCCUUGUUCUGAUCAACGACAUGCUUGCUUCUGGCGAGGUACCUGAUCUGUUCGCCGAGGACGAGGUGGAAAAUAUAAUUGCAGGCGUCCGUAACGAGGUGAAGGGCGCAGGUAUGCUAGACACACGCGAGAACUGCUGGAAGUUCUUCAUCGACCGGGUGCGCAGACAGCUACGAAUAGUUCUCUGCUUCUCCCCGGUUGGCUCGACUUUAAGGGUCCGCUCGAGGAAAUUCCCGGCGAUAAUAAAUUGCACGGCGAUAAACUGGUUCCACGAAUGGCCGCAAGAAGCUUUGAUGUCUGUGUCGAAGAGAUUCCUGCAGGAGUUGGACGAACUUCCCGAGAGUUAUAGGGACUCGGCGGCGAAAUUCAUGGCUCACGCACACACCAGUGUGAACACAGCCAGCCGGCAUUACUUGGCCAGCGAGCGUCGUUACAAUUACACCACGCCGAAAUCGUUCCUAGAGCAGAUCAGUCUGUACACAAGACUGCUGAAGACGAAGUCGAGCGAGCUUCGAGCCCGGGUCGCCAGGCUGGAGAACGGUUUGGAGAAGCUUCGUUCGACGGCGGUGCAGGUGGACAAGCUGAAGGAGAAGCUAGCUGUUCAGGAGGUGGAGUUGCAGCAGAAGAACGACGCCGCCGAUGCGUUGAUCGCGAUCGUGGGCGUGGAGACGGAGAAGGUUCAGAGGGAGAAAGCUAUAGCCGACGAAGAGGAGUCGAAGGUCGCCAUCAUCGCGGAGGAAGUGUCGAAGAAGCAGAAAGACUGCGAGGCGGAUCUACUGAAAGCGGAACCAGCAUUACUGGCCGCCCAAGAGGCGCUGAAUACAUUGAACAAGGCGAAUUUAACCGAGCUGAAGUCGUUCGGUUCGCCGCCUGGAGCCGUGACGAAUGUAACGGCAGCGGUGAUGGUCCUCUUGGCACCGUCCGGGAAAGUACCCAAGGACAGAAGCUGGAAGGCCGCCAAGAUCGUGAUGGCAAAGGUCGACACGUUCCUCGAUUCGUUGAUCAAUUACGACAAGGAGAACAUUCAUCCGGAGGUGAUCAAGGCAAUACAACCGUACCUGAAGGACUCGGAGUUCGAGCCGGAAUUCGUUCGAUCGAAAUCAGCAGCGGCUGCCGGUCUCUGUGCCUGGGUGAUCAACAUCAUCAAGUUCUACGAGGUGUUCUGCGACGUGGAACCGAAACGCAAAGCAUUGGCGCAAGCGAAUGCGGAGCUGGCCGCCGCUCAGGAGAAACUGGGCGUGAUCAAACGGAAAGUUGUUUCACUGGAGGAACAAUUAGCAAAGCUAACCGCGGACUUCGAGCAGGCGACCGCCGAGAAGUUGAAGUGCCAACAAGAGGCGGACGCCACUAACGCUACGAUCGCACUUGCUAACAGGCUGGUCGGAGGGCUCGCGUCGGAGAACGUCCGAUGGGCGGAUUCAGUGGCGAAUUUCAUGCAACAAGCCUCCACGCUGCCCGGCGACGUACUGCUCGUAACAGCUUUCAUAUCGUACGUCGGCUGCUUCACCAAACAGUUCCGACAGGAUCUGCUGUACAAGCAAUGGCUGCCGUUUCUGCGUGGUAUCGAGCCAACGGUCCCUAUCACAGAGGGGUUAGACCCUCUGUCUUUGCUGACGGAUGACACUCAGAUCGCUAAAUGGAAUAACGAGGGACUACCGAACGAUAGGAUGUCGACAGAGAACGCUACGAUCCUUACGAGUUCGGAUCGUUGGCCGUUGAUGAUCGAUCCUCAGCUCCAGGGUAUUAAAUGGAUCAAGCAGAAGUACGGGGAAGAACUUCGGGUCAUUAGGAUGGGCCAAAAGGGUUACUUGGAUGUCAUCGAGCAGUCCCUGGCAACCGGAUCGACGGUUCUCGUCGAGAACAUCGGCGAAACCGUAGAUCCGGUGCUAGAUCCUCUGUUAGGCAGAAACUUGAUUAAGAAGGGUCGCGCGAUUAAGAUCGGCGACAAGGAGGUCGAGUACAAUCCGCUGUUCAGGUUAUUAUUACACACGAAGCUGGCUAAUCCCCAUUACAAGCCCGAGAUGCAGGCUCAAACUACGCUAAUUAAUUUCACGGUGACGAGGGACGGUCUUGAGGAUCAAUUGCUCGCGGAGGUUGUGAAAGCCGAGCGGCCGGAUCUCGAGGAGCUGAAGGCUGAGCUCACCAGACAGCAGAAUGACUUCAAGAUUACGCUCAAUAGUUUGGAGGACUCUCUACUGUCGAGAUUGUCAUCGGCUGGCAGCAACGUUCUGGGGGACACGUCGUUGGUGGAGAACUUGGAGACGACCAAGAGAACCGCGGCGGAAAUCGAAUCGAAGGUCACGGAAGCACACGGGACCAGCCGUGAGAUCGACGCCGCACGAGAAUUGUAUCGACCGGCCGCAGCCAGAGCCUCUCUCCUCUACUUUAUCCUGAACGAUCUGAACACCAUCAAUCCAAUCUAUCAAUUCUCCUUGAAAGCUUUCAGCGUGGUGUUUCAAAAAGCCAUCUCGAAGGCGGAUCCCGCCGCGGACGUCGCCGGUAGAGUGAAGAAUCUGAUCGAGUGUAUCACCUACUCGGUGUUCAUGUACACGACCAGAGGGUUGUUCGAGUGCGACAAACUCAUCUUCGCCUCUCAGAUGGCGUUCCAGAUACUGUUAGUGAGGAACGAGGUGACCGUCGGCGAGCUCGAUUUCCUUUUACGGUUUCCCAUAACGCCUCACGUCACCUCGCCCGUCGACUUUCUCACCAAUACCAGCUGGGGCGGAAUCAGAAGCCUGGCCAGCCGGGAGGAAUUUCGUAAUCUAGACAGAGACAUAGAGAGCUCAGCGAAGCGAUGGAAGAAACUGGUGGAAUGCGAAUGCCCGGAACGGGAGAAAUUCCCGCAGGAGUGGAAGAAUAAAACGACCAUACAGCGUCUGUGCAUGCUGAGGGCUUUGCGCCCCGACAGAAUGACUUACGCGAUCGCUGCGUUCAUCGAGGAGAAGCUGGGGCCCAGAUACAUCGAGGGCAGGACGGUCGAGUUCGCGAAGUCCUUCGAGGAGACCAGUCCGUCCACUCCGAUCUUUUUCAUCCUAUCCCCGGGAGUGAAUCCACUGAAGGACGUGGAAGACCUAGGUCGUCGACUGGGUUACACCCUGGACAAUCAGAAUUUCCACAAUGUGUCCCUGGGCCAAGGACAAGAGGCUGUCGCGGAACAGGCAAUGGACAUGGCGGCUAAGAACGGUCAUUGGGUGGUGUUGCAGAAUAUACAUCUGGUAAAAAAGUGGCUCCCGUUGCUGGAGAAAAAACUAGAAAUCGCUGCGGACGGUUCCCAUUCGGAGUACCGUGUGUUCAUGAGCGCUGAACCAGCCAGCACGCCCGCGGGACACAUCAUCCCUCAAGGCAUCCUCGAGUCGUCAAUUAAGAUCACGAACGAGCCGCCGACAGGGAUGCAGGCGAAUCUGCACAAAGCCCUGGACAAUUUCACUCAAGAGACCCUCGAGAUGUGUAGCAAGGAGGCCGAGUUCAAGGCGAUCCUGUUCUCCCUCUGCUAUUUCCACGCGGUCGUCGCCGAGCGACGGAAAUUCGGCCCGCAGGGGUGGAACAAAAUCUACCCCUUCAACGUCGGGGAUCUUCACAUCAGCGUGAGCGUGCUCUAUAAUUACCUGGAAGCGACGUCCAAGGUGCCCUGGGAGGACUUGAGGUAUUUGUUCGGGGAAAUUAUGUACGGAGGACACAUUACCGACGAUUGGGACAGGAGACUCUGCGUGUCCUACUUGGAGGAGUUGAUGCAACCAGACUUGGUCGACGGAGAGCUACAAUUAGCGCCAGGAUUCCCAGCGCCUCCGAAUACAGAUCUAGUUGGCUACCACUCCUACAUCGACGAGGCAAUGCCUCCAGAAUCACCGUACCUGUACGGCCUCCAUCCGAACGCAGAGAUUGGUUUCUUGUCAAUGACAGCGGAGAAUCUCUUCAAAACUGUCUUCGAGAUGCAACCCAGAGACGCGGGCAGUUCUGGGGGGCAAACGGUGACCAGGGAAGAUAAGGUGAAGCAAAUAUUAGAUGAGAUAAUGGAGAAACUCCCGGACGAGUUCAACAUGACCGAGAUAAUGGGCAAGGUGGAGGAAAGGACGCCGUACGUGAUCGUGGCGUUCCAAGAGUGCGAACGGAUGAAUUAUUUGACGAUAGAGAUCAAACGAUCCCUUCGUGAACUGGAUCUAGGUCUGAAGGGUGAGCUGACCAUCACAUCGGACAUGGAGGACCUGGAGAAUGCGUUGUUUCUCGAUCAAGUACCACCCGUAUGGGCCCAAAGAGCCUAUCCCUCUUUGCUGGGCUUAGCUGCUUGGUUCGUCGACUUGCUAUUGCGAAUCAGGGAGCUGGAAACUUGGUCCACGGACUUCGUGCUACCAUCCUCUGUCUGGCUGGCUGGAUUCUUCAAUCCCCAAUCCCUAUUAACCGCUAUCAUGCAGUCCACGGCUAGGAGACAGGAGCUCCCUCUCGACAAGAUGUGUCUGCAGUGUGACGUGACGAAAAAGAACAAAGAGGAAUUCACCUCGGCACCCAGAGACGGGGCCUACAUCCACGGAAUUUUUAUGGAAGGCGCGAGAUGGGACGUUCAAACCGGGAUCAUCGUCGACUCGAAACCUAAAGAACUGUUCCCAGCGAUGCCGGUGAUCAACGUCCGCGCGAUCACACAGGAUAAACAGGAUCUACGGAACAUGUACGAGUGUCCUGUCUACAAAACACGGACACGAGGGCCCACUUACGUGUGGACCUUCAACCUCAAGACGAAGGAGAAGCAGGCUAAGUGGACCCUGGCCGGUGUUGCACUGUUGCUUCAAACAUAA